AUGCCUCCGCCGUACAAGAGGCUGGAGCAUAACCCUGCCCCUAGCGAGUGUAGCGACAUCGUCACAAUCAAGAUUCCCUCGGGAAAGGAAUAUGCAGUGCAUACACACCUACUCGCCCACUACUCUCGAUAUUGCCAACAAAAACUCAACCAGCGACGCAAAAAAGCCACGCGUUGUAUCGAACUGUCAUUGUUUGCCACUGAAGAUACCAUUAGCUUGUUCAUCGAGUGGAUCUACGUGAAACAUAUUAUGCGUGAAGAGGGACAGCAUGGAUUUGGCGAAAGAACCAAUCCCCCUCCCGAUUUUCAUGAGAAUUUGAUUAAAGCUUUCUCCUUUGGCGAUUUCAUUGAGGCCAUCCAAUUUCAAAACUAUAUCAUGCCGGAAUGCGCCGUUUUUUUGGCUGCCGAAUUAAGCAUCGGGCUUUCUAUGGAGGGUGAUUACUUUUACAUCCCAUUCGAGCUUCUCCCGCAGGAUCUGCUCGUAGAUAUGCAUAAGUUUACCUUUGAACGCCUACACGAAUCAGUUCAGAAUCUACCCCAUGAGACCCUAGCGAAUGGGAUCAAGGUCCAACUCGGUGUCAAUAUCGAGGAUUACUUCGAGGAGGAGUACAAGGGGGAUUAUGAUGAGUAUGGGAGGAAUGCAAGAGCUAGGCUAGGGGACCGGGAAGGAAGAAGAUGA